AUCGUAAGCUGGUGCAAGUGGGUUUCCCUGUUUGUCGGCGGCGCAAAGACGGCGGGCAUGGUCGGAAGGGAGAAGGAGCUCUCCAUCCACUUUGUUCCUGGGAAUUGUCAGCUGGUGGAGGAGGAAGUUAACAUCCCCAGCAGGCGGGUUCUGAUUACUGGUGCCACUGGCCUUCUUGGCAGAGCUGUAUACAAAGAAUUUCAGCAGAAUAACUGGCAUGCUGUUGGAUGUGGUUUUAGAAGAGCAAGACCAAAAUUUGAACAGAUUAAUCUCUUGGAUUCUGAUGCAGUUCAUCACAUUAUUCAUGAUUUCCAGCCCCAUGUCGUAGUACACUGUGCAGCAGAGCGAAGGCCAGAUGUUGUGGAAAAUCAACCAGAUGCUGCUUCUCAACUUAAUGUGGAAGCUUCUGGGAAUUUAGCAAAGGAAGCAGCUGCAGUUGGAGCAUUUUUAAUCUACAUUAGCUCAGAUUAUGUAUUUGAUGGGACAAAUCCACCUUACAGAGAGGAAGACAUAGCAAAUCCCUUAAAUUUAUAUGGCAAAACAAAAUUAGAAGGAGAAAAGGCUGUCUUGCAGAAUAAUUUAGGAGCUGCUGUUUUGAGAAUUCCUGUUCUAUAUGGAGAGGUUGAAAAGCUGGAAGAAAGUGCCGUGACUAUUAUGUUUGAUAAAGUGCAGUUCAGCAAUAAGUCAGCAAACAUGGACCACUGGCAGCAGAGGUUUCCCACUCAUGUCAAGGAUGUAGCCACUGUGUGUCGUCAGUUAGCAGAGAAGAGAAUGCUGGAUCCAUCAGUUAAGGGGACUUUUCACUGGUCGGGCAAUGAACAGAUGACCAAGUAUGAAAUGGCGUGUGCAAUUGCAGAUGCAUUCAACCUCCCCAGCAGCCACUUGAGACCUAUUACCGACAGUCCUGUCUUAGGAGCUCAGCGUCCAAAAAAUGCUCAGCUUGACUGCUCUCGACUAGAGACCAUGGGCAUUGGUCAGCGGACACCCUUUCGGAUUGGAAUCAAAGAAUCACUCUGGCCUUUUCUCAUCGACAAGAGAUGGAGACAGACAGUCUUUCAUUAGUGUAUGUGUGUUUUCUUUUUUUAAAAAUGAAUAGUAUAGUGUGUUGCACUUUUUAACCAAAAAACAGGAAAUAGUUUUGUAUAAAUGCUCUUUAGUUCUGACACAUAUCUUUCAGGUAAAUGAUACUCUUGCACUAGUAGACUUAUCUAAAACUAAGGAGCAAUGAUGCCUUGUAUGAAGUAAUGAUGUUUUUGUUUAUAUUUCUGUUUGUUCUGGCUUAUCUUGCUGUUUAAGUAUAAUAAAUUAUGAGUCUUAAAUAUUUGAGAGCAAAGGUAAAACAGAUUUGCUGUAGACUUUU